AGAACAUCAAAAAUUGCUGCUAUGAAGCCAUUGUAGUUGAUGAACUUUAUUAUCGAAGUUAGUUAUUAAAGCAUCUGCAGAUUUUAAAGUUAAUAUCACUUCAGACCAAAGAUGCUGCCAAAGAUGUAAAUCUUAUCCCAGUUUUUGCCACCAGGAGUUAUCAAAUAUUGUCAUUAAUUUUUCUCUAUUGUUCCUAUCUAUAACACUGCUCCUCUUGUCCAUCUCAAAUCUAGGAAAAUGUCUGGAAAUAAUUUACUAGCAUGUCCUCCUCAGCUCAAGGCUAUUCAGCACUAUCUCAAAUUGGGAGUUGACUAUGAAGGCAGGGAGCCUGUGAUCACUUAUUGGGCUAGACUGUACUCUCUACAGACGGCACUCAAGAUUGAUAAGAAAUCUCCUGAAGCUCGCACACUCCUGGCUGGUCUUAUGGACUGGCUGGAGGCAUUUAAAAAAAACAACCAUGACAAUGAAGCCAUCUCCAGUGAUGUUGCUGGCCAGGCUCUGCUAGAAAAUGAGGCCAACAAACUUUUCAUGUUUGCUGAUUCAAAUGACAGGGCUGGCAACUUUAACAAGAAUGUAGUGAAGAGCUUUUACACAGCUGGCGUGAUACUGGAUGUAUGCGAUGUGUUUGGUGAGCUCAGUGAAGAAGUUCUGGCACAGAGAAAGUAUGCUAAAUGGAAGGCCACCUACAUUCACAACUGCCUCAAACAAGGCCAAACUCCUAUACCAGGACCCAUAGGAGGUGAUGAAGAUGGUCCCACAACGGGAGAUGAACUUGGUUUCACAGUGCCUCAAGGUCCAGCACCCAGCUCCGAACAGACCUCGACCUACAACCCUCCUGUCUUGCCCACACAGCCUAGUCUGCCUCCCGUGGCUGCCUCGUCUCCUGCUCACGACACUCAGCCUGCAGCCAGCAAGUGUCCCGUAUCUGCAGCAGACAUCAAGAUGGCGCGCAAGCACUGCAAGUGGGCGGAUAGUGCACUUGACUACGAGGAUAUCACCACGGCUGUAGAAAACCUUACCAAAGCCUUACAAUUGCUUAAAGGUAACCUCUCUUAAAAGAGGCGCAUGGUGUUGGGUCAGAUGGAAGAAUGUGGGCCGCUUCUAAGAAUUUCAACGGAAAAGCAAGUAAUGAGAUUUUCGAGUUCUCGAUUGAAGUGCAUUAUUUCUUAGUCAUUAUUCAACCUUGUAAAAUGAUGCCGAGUAACCGACUUGACCGAAAUAAGAACUGAAAUGGAAAUAGACGAAUGUAACUAGGGUGGACGAUAGGCAGCGGCCACAACGGCCAUUUGCCAUUUAUUACUAGAGGCAACAUGAAAUACCAGAAUUCAACUGCAUUUCAACAGCACAGUUCUAGUCUUGAACAAGAAUCUGUGAAAAGCUUCAUGAAUAAAAUCCAUGGCUUUGAAGAAAAUUUAGUAAACAUGAUCUCUUUUUAUACGAUUUGCAUGCAGAUUGAUUGUGGUCGUAGUUGAUAGAUAAAAUUACAAACUUUUGAAGCCCCUGAAUAUGACGUAACACAGUGAAUUAUUUCUGAAAUGCUAGAAUCAUUGUGACUUUCAUUGUGACCGUGAUUGCGAUUGCUAAUAGUAAUAUUAGUUAUAACUAAUCUUAAGCACAUAUACGUAAUUUUUUACGUUUGCGUUAGAUAAGUGCCGUCUGGAUAAUAUAUUAAAUACAGAAGAUGCAUAUU